AUGAGUAAGGUUGGGAACCAAUCGGGCCUGCAUUGGGACAUUCAACUCGAUCAGGACUUAUUGGAGACAAUAGUGAAUCUAUACCCGGAUUGGUUCAAAGAGAACAGCCUUAGCGCUAUGACCGACACCACAAGCGAUUCAUUCUUACCAUUCUUACAAUCGUUACCAUCGGAAGCCCCUUCUCCUCCACGAGUAGACAAUCAGUCCAUAAAGAACUCAAUGGAUAAGAAUAAGGAAUCGCUGAAAGUGAAGCUUAUGCUCAGACGACCCAUCAAUCAUCUCAUUGAACAAGGAAUCCAUCCGCCAUUGGGAGCCUCUCCUGUAUUUCACGAGAAGAAGAAACAGUUAGAACACGCGAAGAGAACCGACUAUUUGAAGCAUAAGAUUGAGUCCAGACCUCAACGACAAGAGCUCAUACAACAGCACAUUCUGGAGGACACGACCGCCGAUCCGAGUCUUCAUGAAAAGCAGCGACAGUUAAAGAAAGCGCGUUUGGCUGACGAUCUCAACGAUAGGCUAUCGCAUAGACCGGGACCUCUGGAGCUCAUCAAAGGCAACAUUUUGCACACCGACGAAGAGUUUGAACACGCGGUGAAAGAGGGACAGAUCCCCUUCAAGAACACCAGUGAGGGUGAAGUGAUUAAACACCCGCCGCCCAGAUUCGUGUUCGCCAACGAAGAGGAGAGCAGUUCCGACAGCGCCUCCUCACCACUCGUUGCCACACAAACCGAACAGUCAUUAAACAGUUUGAUAACAUUCGACGCGACCAAAGUCGAUGUGUCCGCCGCCGCCCCGACCGCUACAGUAGUGGCCACGACAUGCUCGCCAACCAGCGUCACAUACAUUGUCUCAUCGCCGGUCACAAGUAUCCUCACCUCUCCCUCCACUGUUCACUCAAUACUUAUUGGCAACGGAAACGCUGUGGCCAUCGCCGCCGCUCCCACUCCCACCCCAUCGGUAGUGGCGGUCGCCUCGGGAACGGCCGCCCCUAUAAUCAACGCCUCGCCAUUCUGUCAAACAACGAAUCAGAUAUCAGUGAACCUUCCAGUGGUGUCCAGUUUUAAGGAACAUUCUUCGGGUUCCAAAUGUCGCAAGAAGUCUAAAUCCAAAGCACAGCCAAAGCCACGAACUAUUAAAUUUCACGAAUACAAAGGACCACCGAAUUCCAAGAUUCUGCCCAACGCUAGCCUUUCGUCGACCGAGUCUUCGUACGAACUGCUUCUACAACAACAACAGUUGUUCCUUCAGUGGCAACUCGAAUGGCAACAGAAAUACCCACAAAUAAUCCUUCCAACGGCUCAAAAGACAAGUUUGGACCAAAUCCAAGACCAGGGAACAGAUGCUCAAAGCGCCGCAAACACACAAAAUAGCCCAAAAUCGGCUUCAAAUCCAAAUGUCAUGAGAACUACAUUUCAAACGAAAGCCAAUAACCAAAUGAUGACGAAUAGCGACAGCAAUGGUUCGAUGGGUUCUCCACGCGAUCGCUCCAACAGUAACGCGUCGGUCACUCGUGAGUCCAAAUUCAAUCCGUCAGUCGUCGGCAAAAUGAUAUCCAAAUUGGAAGACAUGAAAGUAAGUGAUCUCAAAGCGGAGCUUAAGAAACGCAAUCUUCCCGUUUCGGGACCCAAACAACAACUCAUCGAUCGGCUCAAGCCAUUCAUCGACGCUGUUAUGGCCAAUGCCAUCGCCAACAGCUCUUUUAUUACCAUGACUUCACCGAAUGGUAUGAUUAGUCCUGAGGUUGAGUCCAAACCGAUAACAGCCAGCAUUGAAGCCGUAAAGAUUGAACCCAAUUGUGAUUCUGUGCCGAUGUCUCCCAACGUUAUCAUGUCAUCGCCUCGUGAGUGCGUCGACGCAAAGAGCGAACCCAUGGAUAUUAAAUCGCCCGAAAACACUGUUAUGGAAGUGGACUCAGUUAUGGCUGAAGAGGUUGACCAAAAUUGUUCGAUGGAUUUGGGAAACGAUCCGUCCCUUCAAACGAACGAUGAAAUUGUUUUAUUGCAACAGAAAAAGAUCAGUGAAUUGCAAAGAGAGCUACAAAAGUCUCAAAUGCAGUUACAUUUACAACAAACGGCUGGCCAUCCGAUGGACACCCAAACGGCUGUAAACGGGCCUCAAAUUCACAUCAUUUCGACGCCAACUACUGAGCUAUCAGUAGACGGAACGACACAGAAAUCACUUCAACGCCAAAUACUUCAGCAGCAGUUGCAACAAAAACUACAGCAAAAUCUUAAUUUAAAACCACAAACGGCUAAUAAUGAAACAAAUUUAGCCACUCUUUUAACAAACGGUACGAUUUCGCCGUCAGUUAAGGCGAGUUUAGCCGCUUUUCUUCAAAGCCAACAACAAUUACAACAACAAAAUCAAAUUAAGGCGAGUUUAGCCGCUUUUCUUCAAAGCCAACAACAAUUACAACAACAAAAUCAAAGUUUAGCCCCGAAACUGAUUACCACACAGAAUGUCACACCCAUUCAGCAAAUUGUUUUGUGUCCAACAAUUUGUGCCACAACUGAAACCGUCUCUCAAGAGCCCGACGGCGGAAAACAGCGGACAAACUCUCUUCCAAACGGAUUGUCACAGAAAUUCCUGUCGCACUCAUCCUUAAGAACGUCUUCGCUUCCAAAUUUCAAUUCAAUACUUACGAGUCAUGCGAACGGCGAACAAAAAACGGCACCCGAUGUGAAGCCAACGGUAAUAUUAGCGAAAUGUCCGCCCAAUUACGACGAGGCGACCAAACAGAUGAACAAACCUAAAGACAAGAAGAGAUCUGUCAAAAGUCAAGCGGUGGACGACGUCCUCGAAAUACUUAUCAAGAAUGGAGAACUGCCGCCCAAGUGUCCGUUGAAUGUUGAGGACAACCACUGGUUAGGAAUGGCGUCCACUUCGAGGUCGGCUAACGAACAAAAUAUGUUAGACUAUAACGAAACCGAUGAACAAAAUCAGUCAAACGUUAAUUUUGAUAACAAUAACAACAGUGAAAACAAUUGCGGCCAAAACUCAAUUGCAAAAAGUGAGACGUCUUCAAAACACGACCCGAUUCUUCCCAAUACGAUGUUUGGCGGAUCACUUGUGGACCCAUUGGGUGACCUUUUCUUCGACGACAGCGAUUUCAAGUCGACACUGGAUUUGGGAUCUCUUAUGUGGGAUAAAGUGGAUUUCGCCACUUGA